AUGGCCACUGCAACAACUUCUACUACUACUACUCUCUUAGCACUAGUGGCUUUCUUCAUCACAACUCUCACAUCUUUCCCUUUCAAGGUCUCAUCUCAGGCUUGCCAGAACUACUGUGGCAACAUCCCCAUCAAGUACCCUUUUGGAACCGGCCUUGGCUGUGGCGAUCCCCGCUUCCAAAAGUAUGUUACUUGCAACCAAGGCAAGCUCACUUUCACCUCCCACACCGGCUGCUACCCGAUCACAAACAUCGACUACUCGAACCAGGUCAUCUACAUCUCCGAUCCAUCCAUGUCGACGUGUUCCUGUACUCAACCGAGCAAAGGCUUUGGCCUCGAUUGGGACGCCCCUUUUUCUUUCCAUGAUGAUACAGUCUUCACCCUCUUGGAUUGCUCAACCACAUCGUCGCCUAUGUUCAGCACUACUGACUACGGUGGUGGGAGUAGUGGCAAUGGCAGCAGCAGCAGCAGCAGCAUGGUCCCUCAGUGUGACAGGACAGGGGCGCCAAUCUGCAGCUUCUUGUAUUCGUGCAGGGCGAUCAGUAUGAUGAACCUCCCAAUCUCCACUUGCUGUGUUUACACACCGGUCGAUCUUGGCCCUUCGUUCGAGAUGGACCUCCAGAAGCUGAAAUGCUCGUCGUAUGCUGGAUUCUACAGCUUCAACGGGCAGGAAUCGAAUCCGGAUGACUGGAAGUAUGGGAUUGCAUUGAAGUAUAAGUUCAAUGUGUAUAAUGAUUACCCCGGAUCGUGUGCAAACUGUGAGAGAAGCCAUGGGGUUUGUGGGUGCCUGGUGGAUCAGUUUCUUGGCAACCCUUUUCAUUUUAACCAAUUUGUAGACUGGAGGGACACCAUGGAGAUGGAAAUUUCUCAUGUUUUCCAUGUAUAAGAGUCUGUUGAAUAUGGGGGAAAGUUGCUGUAAUGUUGCUUUACAAUUUAUAUUGUAAGGAAUGUGGAAAAAGGGGCAAUGGGCAUUACCCCAAAUAAAUAGUUUCAUUCUUCUUUUUUUGUAAUUGGAACUUCUGAAUUGAGAGGUUUUUAAGUUUUAUCAUUUUGGCUAUCCACCAUGCCAGCUAGCUAGCAGAAGUGGGACUCUGAUGUGGAGAGAAUCUGAAGUACCAGAAGAAUAUGAAAUAGAAUGAGGCGAGGGAAUAAGGUUCUCUUUUUUGUCAACAAUCAUAGCCACCAAGAAAGAAUCACUUUCAGA